GAGCAACCCAAGUCCGCGUUUCGAAUUGCCUUUGUCGUUUUAAUUUCAAGAUUAUCGCCUGUCUAGUCACUCUAUCUUUGCGGAACAUCUGACCAACAACCCAACAUGUUUCUCAUGGACGUCCUCCUCUUUGGCCUCGCCCUCUUUGGCCUCGUCCUCGUGGGCCUCGUGAGCGGCUACCACUUCAAGGACUUCUGCGUCCAAGGCGAAUACAUGAUCCUCGACUACGGCCUCUACAUCGCCACCUGCCCCAACAUGUCGGACCCUUGGGCUUCCCAGAUUGACGUGCUGAACCUGUGCCUGAACAACGUGGACGGCGCCCUGACCUUCGCCGAGAACAACGUGCCCGGCUACGCGGGCGCGACCUGCAACGAGUGCUUCAACCACGGCGAGCACUCGACCGUCGUCACUUGCAACUGCAAGAACAAUAAUGGUGAAGUGCAUUACAGCACCAUCGACUUGAUAUUGGGCAUGGAGAAGCGAAGAUGGCUGACGCAAGGUCUUGCAACGAACACAGACGACGAGCGCGGCUUGCAGAUUGCGAUCCCCAACACCAUCAUGUGCAAUGGCUUCGUCGGCACCCUCGCCGCCCUCCCACCGCAGAAAGUCUAG